AUGGAGGAACUGAAAGUGAUGUGGAAUGGAGUUCAUUUGGUAUCAAGCCUUAGUGGAAUACCACUCAUAUUUAAAGCAGCCUUGUUGUACACCUCUUCAGAUAUACCUGCAUCACGAAAACUGUCUGGGUUUAAAGGCCACAGUUCAGGCGGUUUUUGUGAAAACAAGAUUACUUGGGGUUUGACGAAGAAAACUGGCCAAAAU